AUAAUUGCCCCCUGAAUGUACAGAGGUGCCGAGACGCUAAAACACAGUAUAAUAAGCCGAACACGAGUAAAUAAACGACCUAGGGGCGUGGCGCGCUUCAGUGAAACACGCCCCGCCCCCUCCUCCCCGAGAGAACGUCACUAUAUUAUGACGUCACACGGUAUAAACUGUACACCCGCGCGCUCUGAAGAUCACUUCAGUUCAGUGAGACUCCGAGCAGAAGCGAAGACGUUCACCUGAGCAGAGACUCGAAGUCUAUCAAGACGGACAGUCGACAAAAAUUCAGCAAGUUUGACAGCGACACAGUCAACACGCGUUUCUCCUGCGUUAGAGUCAGUGGAGUUCUACUUCAGCAGCUCAGUGUCAGCAGAUGUUCAGCUGAUGAUGAGUGACUCUCCACAGACAGCUGGAGGAAAAAGCUCUUCAGAACAACAGGCUUCUCCCACGGCAGCCGCUAUGGAGAACCGCCCAACAGAAAAACAAACCAGAAAGAGGAAGACAAAAUGCAUCCAUGCAUUCUUCCGGCGAAUUGGGAAGGCUUUAAAGCUUUGCUACAGGGAAGAAAUAUUGACCCCAUUUCCAUCCGAUGAUCCAGCAGAUCUCCAGCCAGGUUUAUCUGGCCUUGAAUGGGCGUUAUCAAUCGAUCCAUGUCCAUCUGGUUUGGAGCUGACAGUUAACACCAAUCCGGCUGAUCCUGAUGGGUCAUUGGUCUCAGAACCAUCCAGUCUUGAGGUGAUAUCUGACAGUGAUCAGGCUGAUCCAGAGCCAUCACCUGUCCCAGGUCAAUCCAGCCUCGAUUUAAAGUUAACACUGGAUCCAGGUCUAUCCAAACUGGUUUCUGAGACAAUGAAUGUCCCAGGACUAUCUAGUCUUGAUGUAACACCUGUACCAAGUCUAUCCAGUAUUGAGAUGAAACCGGACAGGGAUCUAACCGAGCCCAAGCCAUCAUCUGUCCCAGGUCCAUCUGGUUUUGAGGCAGCUGUUGAACAACAAUCAACAAAGAGGAAGAAGAAAGGCAUCUGUGCAUUCUUCCGCCGAACAUGGAGGGUUGUUAAGUGUGCUGCUCUCUGUGGCCAAAGAGACAACAAAGUGGCUCCAGAUCCAUUUGCCAUUGACCCAGUGGCUCAACAGGAAAAUUCAGAUCACCAGCCAGAUUUAUUCAGCCUUGAGAGGCUGACACUUAAUGCUGAGCCAACAUAUCUGGAGCCAUCACCUGUCCCAGGCCCAUCCAAACUGAAUAAUGAGCCAAUGCCUGCCCCACAUCAGUCUGGUUAUGAGCCACCUGUUGAAAAACAAAGAAAAAUCUGGAUGAAGAAAGACAUUCAAGCAUUCUUUCAGCGAACAUGGAGGACUGUUAAGUUUCCCUCCUUGGCCCCAGAUUCAUGUCGAGUUGAGCCAGUAGCUCACUGGGAUCAAGUGGACCUCCAGCCAGGUCUAUCUGGUCCCUUGUGGUUGUCAAGGAAUGAUCCAGGUCCAUCUUGUUUCGAGGUGACAGUCACGGCCAACCAAAAUCCACCUGAUUCUAAGCCAGAUCCAUUCAGCCUUCAGUCACACUUAACACUUGACCCAGGCCCAGCUGGUCUUGUAGUUGAGUUGACAUCUGUCCCAGGACCAUCCAGUCAGGAGAUAAUGCCAGUCUAUGGGUCUGACAUGGGUCUGGAUGUUCCUGAGAUAAAACCCAUUCCAGGUUCCAGUCUCGUUCUGACAGCUGCUGUGGAUCUGAUUGAUCCCGAGCCGUCAUCUGCCUCUGGUUCAUCCAGCUGCAGGCGGACACCUGACACUGAUCUGGACAAUUCUAAACAAAAACAUGUCCCAGUCCUAUCUGGUUUUUGGCCAACUGCAGCAUCAUUUUCCUCCCGUUAUGAUAUGGGAGUGAAGUUGGGACAGGGAGCCUUUGGUUCUGUGUAUAAGGGGACUCACAGAUUUAGUGGCCAGAAGGUUGCUAUCAAAUGUAUACGUAAGAAGCCAUGGAACAGCUUUAUUAAUGUGCCUGGAUCUACAGAACGUCUGCUGUCAGAAGUGGUUAUAAAUGUGAUGGUGUGCGCACCUCCGAAAAGCCCCUACAUUGUACAAAUGAUCGAGUGGUUUGAUCAGACACAUCAGUUCGUCAUAGUUAUGGAAUAUCCACAUCCAUGUCAGACCUUGCUGGAAUUUACCAUGUGCCAUGAAAGACAUCUGGAUGAAUCUGUGGCACGUGGUUUAAUGCGGCAAGCGGUGCUUGCAGCCAAACACUGCAUUGAACGGGGCAUCUUACACAAUGACAUCAAGACGGACAACAUUCUGGUCAACACAGAGACACUGCAGCUCAAACUAAUAGACUUCAGCUGUAGCAAACGUAUUAACAUGUCUUGCUCUGAAGAUUAUCAAGAGGCGGUUGAAUCAACAGUCUGGUCUUUGGCUAUGGUACUUUUGGAGAUAGUUAGCAGAGACCAGCCCAUAAGUGUUUUUCUCUCCAAAUCACGUCAUCCUUUGAUACCAAGUUUCUCCAGUGGAAACUUGUGUUGGGGAGGAUUCAAUGUCUGCUGAGGCACAUGUGAAUGUGUUAUAAAGUGAGUAUCAGAAAACACAUCCCAGACACAUGGACUGUCAAAGACCAUGCGACAGGAACAUGCUCCUGGAGAUGCUGAGAAAGCAUUGAAGGAAUCUCUGUGGAGGAUGUACUCAAAAAAUACACAUACUUUAGGACACCUGCUGAGUGACUCAUCAACUGUAAAAUAUCUUGUUUCAAAUCUUUUCAGGUAAUAUUCUUCUGUACCUUUUUAGCCCAUCUGUUAAAAAUGAAAAGCAAUAGUUUUAGAAAACAAUGUAAGAUUUAUCAGUCUAGACAAGAACAUGAAAAGCACCGUAUAUUGUGAACCUUAUACAUUAGCUUCUGAUUAUUGCUACAGUUCUGCAGUGUAUGUAGCUCCACUGUCUGAGCCAAAGAGGAUGCAACAGAAUCUGAAAAGUGUUUUCUUUUUUUUCUCUUUAUUUUUGUUGUUAUUAUUGUUGUUAUU